AUGAGGUGGUUCUCAAGAUCGAAGCCGCGUCUAUACAUCCCAGGCGUACUGACGCUCUUCCAACUUGCGUCUGCAAUCAGCGUUACACAGAAUUCCAAUAACGCCGGCGCCAUCGCUUUCGGCCAUGAAGACUACUCAGCAGACGCCAUCAUGGAUGCGCCCCGCCGAUCCAUCUACAGUAGCGAUCAGUACAACACCAUGCUGAAUCCUGUCUGCGGCUUGGACAAAGAACUAGAAUUAGACCGCGACAACGAUUCGAACGCAGAGCUUAGGCUACUUCGGAACCCCAAAUGGGACGCAGAUCUGAAUGCCCCUAUCGAAAGUCUGAAAAAGUGGACGACGGAUCCCAAGAACCCUUCGAGGCAGAGACGGGAUCGAGAGCCCUCGGACGCCAACAAUGUUUGGCAUGAUGUGCAAUCGAUCCAAGAUUCUUGCACGAUUGCGUCCAGGGUCGAGGGUCCGAUCCCGUACAACGUGGUCAAGGCUUGCUUGGAUGCCGAUUUCGGCUUUCCGGAUUAUUUGCGUGAGGAUACAGUGGCGACGAUCAAGAAACUGAUAUCGAGUUUUUAUGUCUUUGAGGACUUGGCAGCGAACCCUCCGAGUGUCGAGGGGUUGAGUUUCUUGUCGGUUGAUUUUGCGAAAGAGAUGGAUCAGUUGCUGGAACAGAGCCGCAAGUCUCUGUCGUCUGCCACCGCAAGCGACAUUGACGGAGAAGAGGGGAACAAGCUGCAAAAGGAGGAUGGGAGCCAGGGAACCGGAGGAAGCGCUAGAUCGCAUCCGAUGACACAUCGCGAGUUCCACGACGGUCUCUCACGGAUUAUGAGCAAGGCACGCGACGCACACCUGUCGUAUGAUGCGGAUUGCUUCCGCGCGUUCCGUUUCCAGCACGGGUUCUUUAUGAACCACGUCGUACGGAAUGACAAGACGGUGCUGAAGGUCCACUCGGUGACGCCGUACUUUCAGGAGUUGAAUGGCAUCGAGGAGGACAUUCUCGACUGUGAGGUUGUGACCAUUGCCGGGAAGGACGCUGCGGAGUACAUACAAGAGUGGGCGGAUGCCCGCGUAUCCAUGUCCAAAGACGCGAAUAUCAGAUUUAACGCAGCACUGGUGACACCCCAGUACCGAUCUGGCACUGUCGACUUUUUUAUUCCUGGCAAAUUCAGCGAGCGGUUCGUACUCCCGGAAGAAGAAUCUCUCGCAUUUACGCUUGAUUGUCCCGGUCGUUCGGCCACAGACCUGCUGGAGGUCGAUGCUCGAUGGGUCGGAUUCUAUAAGCAUGAUGUGACAAGGACUUACGAGGAUAUGCAAUCGUACUAUAAUGCAAACUGCAUCAAGUCCCCAGAGGAAGGCAUUGGUUACUGGUACGAACGGUCAAGACUCGAAAAGAAGCAAAAUCCAGAGCAAAGGCGUAUCGAAAAGCUCAAGUCUAAGCUACAUGACCUGAUAAACCAAUCAGCAGCUUCUACCACGGUCGCAGCAGCGCCUGCUGAGACUCUUGCUCCUCCUGCGCCAACGACGGGGACAGACUAUACACCUCCUACUGAACAUCCGGAGCCGUCGAAGGAUGCACUCAAACAAGUGGAUGAGAUUAUGUCUAUGCUGGACAUGAUCACGUCCGAGCAGCUUCCUGCCGUCAAAUUUUACGACGACUAUGGUGGACGUCUUAGUGAACUGAACAUGAAAGCCAGUGAAGCUUUGUUUAUAGAGCUAUACAGGGGCCAAUAUGGUAUUUCUGCCUUGCUGUUGGCCGACGGCAAGACCGGAGUGAUCACCGUCCGGACUGAGAGCUCGACCAUCAAGGGACAACCUUACUCGCGUGUACAUCCAGCCUGGGCUGGUUCCCUGAUCGAAGCCAUCAACGUCCUCCGACCGCGCGCCGAGAACCUGAUCCUCGAUCUCAGCCAUAAUACGGGCGGAUAUGUCUGUCUAGGCCUGACCAUGGUCCAGCUCUUCUUCCCGGACCGACCUCGCCUUGUGACCAAUAUCCGGCUCUCUCCAUUGGGCACUCAGAUGAUGACCGCAGGCGCAAUGGGCAUAGGCCACUUUAUCAGCGCAUAUGGCGAACCUGUCGUUGCAACGUAUCAAGAUGAGUACUUUUUGCGUUCAACCUCGCAUCCGCACCGCAACCUGACGUUUACGGACUACCUCUCGGAUCGGUGUGCGAUUGCGGACUAUUAUGUGUUGGAUGUCGAUCCUAUAGAGGAAGCCAAGCGAAAACGUGCUCCCGUGUUCCCCGCCAGGGACCAGGAUGGUUCGAACAAGAGGGUGUAUUAUCCAUGGAACCCUGAGAACAUUGUUAUCCUGACGGACGGAUAUUGUGGCUCGAGCUGUGCGUUGAUCUCGAAUGUGAUGCAUACCAAUUUCCAAGUGAAGACGGUAGUGAUCGGCGGCAGGACACCAUCGUCGACCUCGGAUCUGAUGAGCUACUCGACCUUCCCGGGCCUGCAGGUGAUUGAUGAUCGGUUUAUCUUUAACGAGAUGGAAAAUGUCCGAUCGAGGUUGAUGUCUGCUUCGGCGUUGGCGAAGUUGGAAAGAGGAAGAGCUGCAGAGACAGGAGGCAAGCAGAGGCGAUUUGCAUUGAAGAGACGUAACGGUCCCAAAACCGAGGACGAGGACGAGGACGAGGACAACGACGCAGAGUUGCUUUAUCCGCUGGACUUUGCGCACAAGAGUCGAUUGAGGCUAACCUGGCGGCAAAUCUAUAACACUGGGCCGGAAAUCAAUGUGUUCAAGUACAUAGCUGAGAACAGGACGUAUGAGCCGGCGUGGGAGGAGGUUGACCGAUGGAAUGAGUAUAGCUUGAUCCCGGCGUCUGUGCGCAUUGAUUACACAGACCACAAUGUGCAUUCGAUCGGCGCGAUCUGGGAAGACACGCGCAAUGCGGUCUGGGGCACAGCGCCUAUGCAGGGCCAGGAGGAUGGCCAGGAGGAUCCCAGGGAGAGGCAGUAG